GCUCUUGACAUCUGGAUGUUUGGAUGCGUCGGGUUCAUCUUCCUCUCCCUUGUUGAGCUGGCCGUUGUCGGUUUCGCUGACAAGCUGGAAGCGAAGAGAAAGCGGAGCCAGCGAAUGCAAGAACAGUCAUUAAUGCGUACGGACUCCGAGCAUCAGUGGCUAUCAAGACUUCAGAGAAAUGUUCUUUCUGAUGCUGGAGGAACAAAUUACCUCGUUUCUGGUUCGCUUCCGGCUGAAGGAAACGGAAACGCGCAACGAAUGAGGGAUGAACGAUAUCGUCGACAAGUCCGAGUAGAGCAUCCUAGUUACGUUAACGGGGAACGAAUAGAUGAGGUUGGUUAG